AUGAAUACGGACAUUACGCUACAUGGUUUCAGCGACGCAUCCUUGAAGGCUUACUCUGCUGUAAUAUACUGUUUGGUAAAGGACAAACACGGUAACAUCAAGUUAUCCUUGAUUGCAUCGAAAACUCGUGUAUCGCCGCUUAAGCAGAUUUCAUUACCCAGAUUGGAGUUAUGUGGAGCCUUACUACUCACUAGACUGAUGAAAUCAGUAAUUUUGUCGCUACCACAUACGAACAUUCAAUUGCGUGCCUGGUGUGAUUCGACUGUGGUGCUAUCAUGGUUAUCAGUGCAGCCGAUCACGCUCAAAACAUUUGUUGGAAACCGUACAGCGGAGAUAUUGGAAACUCUCCCUAGAAGCGCUUGGGGACACGUUUGUUCAAAGGAAAAUCCCGCUGAUUGCGCAUCACGCGGUCUUAUGAUGAAUCAACUUCUAAAUCACGACCUAUGGUGGUCGGGACCAACAUUUUUGAAAACUUCGCAACAACCUGAAAGUGAUUCUUCUCAGGCAACAAUCAACAACACGGAGGUGGAAGCCGAAAUGAAAACUACAACAACUCACAGCUUAACUACGCGUCAACAUCCUACAGAACGUCUAUUAGAGAGGACACUUGCAAAUACGUCCAGCUGGUGGAAACUUUUACGCAUCGCGGCAUAUGUACGCCGCUUUGUUAACUUACGUGUACGGAAAGUCAAAAAUCCGAACACAUUUUUGACAUUCGAUGAAAUCGCGCAAGCUAAGAUAACAUGCCUCAAAAUGGCUCAGGAUUAUUUUUCAUCGGAAAGAAUUAAGCUACAACGUGGAUUAGAUCUCGACAAAGGUUCUAAACUGACAAGACUCUCACCAUACAUUGAUGAACUAGGACUUCUCCGAGUAGGAGGUCGCAUACGACACUCGGAACUUGCUAAUGCAGUUCAACAUCCAAUAAUUCUUCCGGGUAAACACAAAAUAUCGAAUCUAAUUCUUGAGGAACAACAUAUAAGAAAUCUACAUCCUGGUGUAUCAACAUUAUUCGCAACACAGCAUGCAACACAGCAGCGAAUGGCAGAUCUUCCAGCAGUUCGAGUUCGACAGGCAUUUCCCUUUCAAAAUAGCGGAUGCGAUUAUGCCGGUUCGUUUACACUUAAAAUGCACGGUGGACGAAAUGCUAGAACAACCAAGGGAUAUAUAUGCUUAUUCGUCUGUAUGGUUACAUCAGCCAUACAUUUGGAAUUAUCAACAGACCUCAGUACUGAGUGUUUUCUGGCAGCUCUACGCCGUUUUAUGGCUCGGCGUGGCAAAUGUUCUACAAUAUAUAGUGACAACGGCAAGAAUUUCGUUGGUGCCAAACGAGUUCUAAAUGAAUUAUAUCAACAACUACAAUCUGAAGGAAACAACGAGGCCAUUGCAGCAUCCUUGGCACAAGACGGGAUAAAGUGGAUUUUUACUCCACCCUACUCACCACACUGGGGUGGUAUAUGGGAAUCGGGCAUCCGCUCGGUUAAACUACAUGUGCCGCGUUAUUGGUAA